CCUCCCCCUCUCGGCCCAGUCUGCAGAGGCCCGCCUUCCUCCCUGUCCCGAGCUCAGGGGCUGCUGGCGCCGCAGCGUUCCGCCUCGCUCCGAGGGCCUUCCCAGGCGUGGACCUCUGAAACCUUCGACAGCGCCUGGCGUUUCUGAGCUCCAGUGGGCUAGGGCCUGCGGGUCCUGGGGAGGGCGGAGAGCGGGGGCGGAGGACCAGGCAGUUUCAGGCCCUAGGCCUGACGGGCCGGGUCGGGUGAAACGCGGCCGUCCUUCGCGAUCCGGGGCGCGCGCGGCCCUCUUGGGAUUUCACCGGCGACCCGUAGCUCGGGCACGCGCCUGUCGCAGCCCGCAGGAAGGAGGGGUCCGGCCUGAGGCCCGGGGCGGCGGCCGCCAUGGAGAUCCCCUCGGCCCAGGGCCGGCGCCUGGGGCCUUGGGGGCGGCCCUGACCGCCCUCCUCCCUGCCCGGGCUGGAUCACAGACCUGCCACCCGCGGCCUUCGGCCACCUCUGCGUCUCAGCCCUCCCCGGGCCGCGCUGCUGCCUGGGCGCGGCGGCGGCGGCGGCGGCGCCCUGUUGAAUGGGCUGUGAGGGCCCAGUUUUCAAGCGCUGGCGAACGCGGCCUCCGGGGGCGCAAGGCAGCAGCAGCAGUGGCGACCAAACGGGUGUUGGAGUUGGCGGCGGCCAUGGAGGGCCUGGCUGGCUAUGUAUACAAGGCGGCCAGCGAGGGCAAGGUGCUGACUCUGGCCGCCUUGCUUCUCAACCGGUCUGAAAGCGACAUCCGCUAUUUGCUUGGCUAUGUCAGCCAGCAGGGAGGGCAGCGCUCCACGCCGCUCAUCAUCGCAGCUCGCAAUGGGCACGCUAAGGUGGUGCGCUUGCUGUUAGAACAUUACCGGGUGCAGACUCAGCAGACUGGCACCGUCCGCUUCGAUGGGUAUGUCAUUGAUGGUGCCACUGCUCUUUGGUGUGCCGCAGGAGCAGGACAUUUUGAAGUUGUUAAACUUCUAGUCAGUCAUGGAGCCAACGUGAACCACACCACAGUAACUAACUCAACCCCGCUGCGGGCAGCAUGCUUUGAUGGCAGAUUGGACAUUGUGAAAUACUUGGUAGAAAAUAAUGCCAACAUCAGCAUUGCCAACAAGUAUGACAACACUUGCCUAAUGAUUGCAGCCUAUAAGGGACACACUGACGUGGUCAGAUAUCUUUUAGAACAACGUGCUGAUCCGAAUGCUAAAGCACAUUGUGGAGCCACAGCAUUGCAUUUUGCAGCUGAAGCUGGGCACAUAGAUAUUGUGAAGGAGCUGAUAAAAUGGCGUGCUGCUAUAGUAGUGAACGGCCAUGGGAUGACGCCAUUAAAAGUAGCUGCUGAAAGCUGUAAAGCUGAUGUUGUUGAACUAUUGCUCUCUCAUGCUGAUUGUGACCGGAGAAGUCGGAUUGAAGCUUUGGAGCUCUUGGGUGCCUCCUUUGCAAAUGAUCGUGAGAACUACGACAUCAUGAAGACAUAUCACUAUUUAUAUUUAGCUAUGUUGGAGAGGUUUCAAGAUGGUGAUAACAUUCUUGAGAAAGAGGUUCUCCCACCAAUCCAUGCUUAUGGGAAUAGAACUGAAUGUAGAAAUCCUCAGGAACUGGAAUCCAUUCGGCAAGACAGAGAUGCUCUUCAUAUGGAAGGCCUUAUAGUUCGGGAACGGAUUUUAGGUGCCGACAACAUUGAUGUUUCCCAUCCCAUCAUUUACAGGGGAGCUGUUUAUGCAGAUAACAUGGAAUUUGAACAGUGUAUCAAGUUGUGGCUUCAUGCCCUGCACCUCAGACAGAAAGGUAACAGAAAUACCCAUAAGGAUCUUCUUCGAUUUGCCCAAGUGUUUUCACAGAUGAUACAUUUAAAUGAAACUGUGAAGGCCCCAGACAUAGAAUGUGUUUUGAGAUGCAGUGUUUUGGAAAUAGAACAGAGUAUGAACAGAGUAAAAAAUAUUCCAGAUGCUGAUGUCCAUAGUGCUAUGGACAAUUAUGAAUGUAACCUCUAUACCUUUCUGUAUUUAGUUUGCAUCUCCACUAAAACACAGUGCAGUGAAGAAGAUCAGUGCAAAAUUAACAAGCAGAUCUACAACCUGAUUCACCUUGAUCCCAGAACUCGUGAAGGUUUCACCCUGCUGCAUCUAGCUGUCAACUCAAAUACCCCAGUUGAUGAUUUCCACACCAAUGACGUUUGUAGUUUUCCAAACGCGCUUGUCACAAAGCUCCUGCUGGACUGCGGUGCUGAGGUGAACGCUGUGGACAAUGAAGGGAACAGUGCCCUUCACAUUAUUGUUCAGUACAACAGGCCCAUCAGUGAUUUUUUGACCUUGCACUCUAUCAUCAUUAGUCUAGUUGAAGCUGGCGCUCACACUGACAUGACAAAUAAACAGAAUAAAACUCCACUAGACAAAAGUACAACUGGGGUAUCAGAAAUACUACUUAAAACUCAAAUGAAGAUGAGUCUCAAGUGCCUGGCUGCCCGGGCAGUUCGGGCUAAUGACAUUAACUACCAAGACCAGAUCCCCAGAACUCUUGAAGAGUUUGUUGGAUUUCAUUAAGUGACUGGAUAUGUAAAAUCGUUUAAUGUGGUGCUAAAAAGUAAAGGACUUUAAUCACAGACAAUAGAAUUAUGUGUUCAUAAAUUCUACUUUUCUUUCCACUAUCCUUCCUCCCUACUUAUCCUUCCUUAGUUUUGUAUUUGCUCUUCUUGCCUCAUAUGGUUAUUGAUUUCAAAUACACUUUAAACAAAACCACAUUGUUUAGGUGUAACUAUAAUCUUAAGGUGUUUGGAUAUUGGUCACUUAGCUAUUUUUUUCUUUUUUUAAAGGAAUGAAUAUAAAAUGUUUUGUUUAUGUAACAAGGGACAUUUAUGAUUUAAAGUUGAUAAAUGUUUUACCAAAAUUGCCUAGAAAAGCAUUUCUGUUAAGCCUGUGUCAGCGUGUUAGCCUUUGCAGCAGUUUUGAGGAUUUCAUGAAGAAAAACAACUGAAAGAAGCGUUAAAAGUAAUGGAAUAUCCAGGUGUUCUGCACAUGCCAAACUGCAAUAGGUAGUUUUCACUCUUCCAUUAUUUAUGUGAAAUGAUACAACACAUUAUAACAUCGGGAGGAUUUUUUAAAAGUAUAGCUGCAUAUUAACCUGAAAAAUGUGCUAACUUAAUAAUAGUUAAAAAUUCAUAAAGUUAAUUCCAUUGAAAUUGUUGAAUUAUGCUCGGUGAUACAUACAAAGUAGUAAUCUUAAACAACUUUUCAGAGAAUAUUGAUGGACUGUUUGCCUUUGGGCUUGGAUUCUAAAAUGCAUAGACAUCUCUGUUUUGAUGUGAUUAAUCUAAAUUCCAGCAGUCAGCAUUUGACUCAGCUCACAGACAUGUAAAAAUUAAUGAUUGCUGUGUUUUCUCCUAUGAAACAAGUUGUCACAUUAUAGUUAUACAUUAUACAUUCUGUUUUUGUCCCCUUCUCCCUUUUUUCUUGUGUGGUAUCUUUUCAAAUUGAAAACUACUUUUCCAGAGGGCAUUAUUUGUGCCUCCCUAAGGUUUUUAUGACAGGUGAAAAGGAACUGGGAUAUUUUUUUCACUUUCUUCAUUUAGUCUGUGAUAAGUAGAAAAAUCACUAGAGUGUUAUAGCUUCAAUGUUUUGAUGAUGAAAGUAAUUCUUAUUGCCAUUUUGAAAGUUAUUUCUGUCUGAGGACAGCAAAUUUUGGAACCAGAAAAUGUCACUUAUUCCAACAGGCUGUACAGAGGUCUUUAUGGUUUUGGUUUUGUUUUAAUGGCAACAUUUUGACUGUCAGACUAAAAGAAUAUUCUGUGAUUAUCUUUAAGCAUCACAGAAAUUCAAGGGUACAUACCUAUUUCUUUCAAUGUUAAAAAUGAUAAGUAAAAUUAGCUAUAUCUGUAUUUUUUUCUCUAGUGCCAAAUGAAUGCCUUAGCUACUCAUAGUGCAUGGUACUGUAAGUGAACACCUGCAGCUUUUUUUCUUUCAUGGAAAGCAUUAUAAUGGUGUAGCAACAUCAGAUAUAAACUUAAAACACAACAAGAUUUUGGUUAACAUUUUAUGUAUGGAUAUUGCUUUGGGAAGUCUAAGAAAAAGGUUGCAGCUGGAUCAGUAUAAAAGAUGGUUACCAAGCCAAAAUCAGCACCUAGGGCCUUAAGUAAGAUAAGAGAUACCCCAUGAAAUGAGAUACUCUGAAGGAUGGAGGGGGUGGAUGGGGGACUUUAAAAACCUAUCCCCCAAGGAUGCAGGACACUUGUACUGUUGCUGCAGUUACACUUCGCGUGUCUUCUUGCUUCAGUCAGGAAUGUUUUGAUGGUGAAUUCUGCCACAGUGAUCUGCUUCUGUUUUCCUAACCUGGGAUUUUUACAAGAAAGGUUUUUAGGAUGGUCUGAAGGGAGGUAUUUGAUCCCUAAUUUGAAAAUUGCUGGCCUUGAUCUUCCUGGUGUGAAUCAAGGAACUAGUGUACCUUGCUCUUGGCAACUCUCAUGGCCUGAAAGAGAAAAUGCUCAUCCUCCAGGUGGGUGAAUCACACCCUUUUCACAGCUCAGAUCAGACCCUGUAUUUUUCAGACUUCAAGGCCUGCUUAUUUGACAGUCUGAGGAAUAGCUGUGAUACUUGGUAUUUACUUGGUUCCAUUAUUAAUGCAUAUGAUUUUUAAACAUCAGAACUUAAAAUAUCAGAUAAUGUUGCAUGUUUUAUAAAACAGUUCAUCCCUUUGGCUACCCAGGAUGAGAACUAUUUUAGGUAUUACUUAUUAAAUGAGAAUAAUGAUUAUCUGUACAUAUUCAGACAACGAAAUUUAAUGAUACUCAAGUGUUUUUGAGAAGGGAGGACUGAAUGCUGGAAAGAGUAAAACUGCUGAUUGAAAAUGCUGACAAAGUUGAAUUUGAAGACAGUGGGAUAGAUUAUGAAUUUUGCUAAUGGUAACUGAGAUUUUUUUUUUUUUAACUAUACUAUAGCAGUACAUUGUUCACUAUAUCGCUAAGGAUCUAAUUCUGUCUUGUAAACCAAAUCCAAAUAUGUAUUGUGAAACACCUGUAUAAAACCAUUCUUGAAACAAGUGAUCUACAUGCCUGUUUUUUUUUUAAUUUGUUUUUGGUAGAAUUAUUUUAAAAUGUGUUUAGCCAAACCCUUCCCGAACUUAAGUUUCUUUUUUUUUAAAGGGAAAUAAAUAGGUAAGAAAGGUAAUAGUUCUGUAUCUCAGCUUCUCUGAGAACUCUGGGCUAUUGCUGUUUUUUAGCCACUUUUGUCAUUUUGUGUUUAUUAUUGGUAGAAUUGUGUUUUAGAUUAUAAAUCUUCCUUGAUAACAUUACAAAUUCAAUCAAAACGUCUUGCUUAAUAAUUGUCAUAUAAAUUUGAAUUAGAGACCCAGGUGGAUGAAUGCCUGGGCAAACCAUGUGAAACCUGGGUGGGUUUUGCACUUCAGAGUUGGUAAAAUUGAUCUCUUGAGUUUAGGUAAAUGUAUAAUUCAAGGAAUGGGCAACAAAUCCAUCCUUAGAUUGAUAAAGGGGAAAUUUUUGACCUAAGAACUCUGAAACAACAUUGUUUUCAAUCUACCCUGGAUUACUCUCUCAUAGGCCACAUUCCAGCUAUCUUAAUGUUUUUUGCUGUGUGAACUUCAACCAGCCAAUCAACCAACGAAAAAGCAAGCUUUGGUCUUGUUUGUUUCUGGGAAGGGUUUUAUUUCAUUACACUGGUAGUUGAUUAGUAACUGGUAAUUAUGAGAAACUUAGGUCUGCUAGCACUGUUUGAAGUAAAAUGUGAUUUGGGGCCAGCAGCUGCAUAAGUAUCAACUCUGCAUUUGGCAAGUGUUUUUGAAAAUUAGGUCCCAAGGGAACAAUACUCUGUCACUAGUCUCCACCUCAGCUGAGGCAGCUACUUUAGGAAUAAGGUUGCUUUGGAUUAUUUGAGCAAAAACCGUUCUUUCUUGGGGAAAGGGGCAGGGUGAGGAGUGAGUUACUGGACCUUGGAUUAGUUUGCUGGUUUUAGAAGCAGCCAGUGAUUGAACUAGAGAGGAGAUGGAUAAAAGUAUAAAGGACUUGUUUUUAUGGUAGAUUUUCUGUAAAAACCUUAAGUAUUCCUUUCAGGCUAGCCAGAUGUGUCAAUGUACAGAUGACUAUUCCGUUUCCCUCACUGACUCUACUGUAACAUUAAAAUGGGUUAAAACAAAACUCUGCCUUUUGCUCUAUGAAAAGUUAUUAGUCCAUAAGAUUUUAAGCUGUGUGUUUAUUUCUGCUCUGAAAAUGCACAGCCCUGCUCUGGAUACCCUCUCUGGAAGGUAGAGAGCUCCUAAUGUGUAUGGCACAUUGCCGGGCUUUCUCAUACAUUCCUGGCAGAUUUGCCCAAAUCUUCAGAUGGGCUGGGUUGUACAGUAUCUUCUCCAAAUGUGGGAUCUGAAAUAAAUACUACAUGGAUAAUGGCAAUAGAUAUAUUAAUUUUUAAAACUGUAAAGUAAAUGUCUCUAGUCCUAGGUUUGUGGUGUGUUCAUUUGUGUUAAUGUGUAGGGAAGGAACACUGACUUGAUGGUUAUGGGGAGUGUCUCUUGUGUGUGCAGGGGUGAGACUCGCUAAAUUGUUAACAGCUUUUCAUUUAGGGGUAAGUCACGUGUUGAGUGGCCUAAUCAAAAAAAUGAAGGAGCGAAGAUACAAGCUUUGCUAAGUGAUGAAAUGAACAAGGUUUUGUAUCUGUUUUUUAUCAGGUGUUGUAAAAUUUGUGCAUGGCCUUUUUUGUUGUUGCUUAGUAAUUGGUAGAGAAGAAAGAUGAGGGAGAAAAAUCAGCUUUGCUAACCAGUCUUUUCAGACAUACAUAGCUGAGGAGUAAAAUAUGACUGGCUUAACAUGGUGAAAGAGCCUAUCUUUUAUAACACUCACCUCAUCCUGCAAUCCUCCACAUAGAAGAAUUACAUUGUUGUAUUCUAGUAAUUCACUGUGAUUUAUAACAAACCAGUGAUGUCAUUCUAUUGUGCACUUUUGUCAAACCAUUUACGUGACUUUAAUAAACAUAGUAAACUUGCUGACUGCA